UUGUGACAAUACGCAUACACAAUGCUUACAACUAUUACGCAAUAAUAAAUUUCAUGCAAUUAUUGCCAAAUUCGAUUUUUGGUGAUAUUGGCAAUUUGCAACAGCUGCUUGCGUUAAUAUACUUUUAGUAUGUUUAUUUGGUAUUUUGAUGACAAGUGCAUAAAAUAUGCAUCGAUAACGAUAACAACACAGCGAUGACAGUAGCUAACACUAACCCUGUGUGUACGUGUUUUGUUUGUGGUGGUUGCAAUACAUUUGUUUGUGCGUAGAAAGCGUAAAUUAUUGCAACGAAAGAAAAACUGCAAAGGAAAAAGCGAAAACGAAACACCAAAGACAAUUUUGGGCAGCAGCUGAAGAAGCAGAAUGGACAUCAUGGACAUACAAGCUGUCGAAUCGAAGCUAAGUGACGUCACAGUGACACCAAUACCACGUUCGCAAGUACAAAACUUCUACAACUAUCAACAGCAGCGCGAACAGCGUGAACAGCAGCCCCAAAUCCAAAUAUCCGCCAUACAUCAUUCACGCAGCGGCGGCAGCAGCAGCAACAACAACAGCACCAACAACAGCAGCAGCAAUAACAAUAAUAUGGGCGCCACUGAUUAUGCGACUGGUAGCAGCAGCGGCGGCGGCGGGAGCAAGCGAGAACGCAACAAUGCACAGAGCAGUGCAGCGGCAACGGCAGCAGCAGCCGCUGCAGUUGCUGCGCUGCAAUAUUCACCGCAAUUUCUGCAAGCCCAAUUGGCGCUGUUGCAACAGCAAUCAAACACAACUGCCACACCAUCGUCCGCAGCUGCAGCGGCUGCUGCCGCAGCGCUGUCGUUGGCCAACAUUGCUGCAGCCAGCAACAAUGGUCGCAAUCUGUCGUCAUCGUCGUCGUCCGCCAUCAACAGCAAUAACAAUGGCAGCAACAAUAGCAUCAACAACAACUCAAGCAAUCUGGGCUUGAAUCUAUCGCAAUCACAGCUUAAGUAUCCACCUCCAUCGACAUCGCCAGCUGUGGUGACCACACAGACAUCGGCGAACAUCACCACGCCGCUCACCUCCACUGCCAAUCUGCCAACGGUGGGCAGCCAAACGGUCGGCAACGGCUUGAGUAAGUACGCCCAACUCUUGGCCGUCAUCGAGGAGAUGGGACGCGACAUCCGGCCGACGUACACGGGUUCGCGCAGCUCGACGGAGCGCCUGAAGCGGGGCAUUGUCCAUGCCCGCAUCUUGGUGCGUGAGUGCCUCAUGGAGACGGAGCGUGCGGCGCGUCAAUGAGAAGAGGAAUGCGGCAUGCCGCAUUUGACAACAACGCCGGAUUAAUAAGCACUAUAUACUAGACAUAUGAUAUGAAUAUAAACACUUGGCACACAUGGGCAUGGUGAAAUGGAAACGACAAGAACAAUUAGCAUUUAAGUGUGACCAGAUAUUCAAGCUGACAAUCUGUGUUUACAGUUGUCUUUCCCCAUUUCAAGUUCAAAUUAGUAACGCCGUAGAGUUUCUGUUUAUUUUCACCGUAAAGAAGAGUGUCGAGAUACCCAAUUAGUUACUUUUUUUUAAUGCUUUACGUUAUUAUCGUUCACUCUUUUCACACUUAAGAUGCCGUCAUUUUAUGAUUUAAGUUCAUAUCUCUAAUAUUAUUAUUAUGAUUAUUAUUACUAUAAAUGUAAAUGUCAUUAUUAAACAAUAGUAAAAUUGUG